AUGCAAUUCAAGUUCUUAUUCACGGUUAUUACAUUAUUACAAAUUGUUCUUUCACAAGAGAUCAAACCAUUAGUUUAUGGGACAACUGCAGGUUCUCAAGCUGUUUAUACAAUUUUAUACCCAUCUCAUACUUUAACAGGUCCAGGUUAUAUUUAUCUUUUUGGUGAACUUUUCAACUAUGGUGAUAAUAAUGUUACAAUUUCAAAAGGUAGUGUUAAACCAAGUCCAAAUUUAAAAGAAUUAGGGUUUGAUUCAUCAGAUUCAAUUUUUAAUGGUAAAUGGUCAUAUGAACAUACUUAUAGAGAUCAAGGUGAAGGUGUUGCUAUUAAUAUUAAUGGUCAAGCUACUACUGCAUCAGCUACAAAUACUAAAUUUAAAGUCAAAGGUAUUUUCAGACCAAAAAUUGAUGGUACUUCAGAUUAUGAAGAAGGAUAUCCAUUUGAUCUUUCGAUCAAGACAUGA